UUCUUCACGCGCACCUGGGGCGACCACUUCACCGAGGCGCCGCCGGCCGGCGGUGAGGGCCCUGGAGCGCGGAUCACCCGCCAGCUGUUCGACCCGUAUCUGGCGCGAUGCGCGCGGUCGCGCCGUCCAGUGCUCGUCGGCGAUGGCAACCCCCGAGACUGCGCCCGCUGCUGGAAGCGAGCUCUGCCUGCCCGCCGUGUUCCUGGGUCCCGAGCUGCGGCUCGAGGAGCCGGCGACGUUCGCGCAGGCCAUACCGUGGGCGGCAGGGCCAUCGCGACUUCUGCAGGAGCGGCUCACCCACUACCUGGACUUGGUCGAGGUCCAGCUGGCGCGCCAGGUGUCCCUGCGCUCGGACGCGUUCUUCCAAGCGGUGCGAUCGCACGACGUGCUCGCCGAGCGGUUGUCUUCCUGCGCGUCCGUCGCUGCGGUGCUGCGCUCCCAACUGGCCCGCGCGAGAGACCAACUGGCCGGCGGCGGGCUGCGACUGCUGUUGCUGUGGCGCCGCCGGGCGCGCCAGCGGACGCUGUGUGCCAAGCUGCAGCUGCUGGCCACUCUGCACCAGGCGCAGCCCACCAUCCAGCGGCUUCUGGCCAGCGGGGACUUCGCGCGCGCCCUCGAUUUCAUCGAGGCUAGCCGCGAGAUCGUGGCACUCGAGCUGGCGGGCGUCCAGAGUCUGCGCCACCUGGGCGCACAGUUGCUAGAACUAGAGCGGCACAUCGAGCGCAGCAUGGCGGCCGACUUGGCCCGGGGCCUCAGCGCCGAGUUGAACAGGCCGCCCGACGACCUGGCCCCCAUCGGGCAACAGGAGGAGGAAACCCUGACAGCCCUAGUGGCAGGCAUUCUGCGUCUGAACCGGCCGGCGAGUGCAGACUUUGCAACGCUGCUGCGUGAAGAGGCAUGCACGGCCCUGCAGGCAGCUGUCAAGGCAGCCCUGGCUGAGGGCAUGUCGCAGGGCGAUGCUUGGACUGCGCUGCUCGAACGUGCUCUGGAUGCUGCCGAACUCAUGCUGCGGCGCACCUGUAACCUGGCGCGGCUGCAACGCUGCGCUCUGGCUGCACAGGCAGCGGAAGGGGCCGCCCUGGAACCUGAGGAAGAGGUCCGGCUCGAGCAGGCUCGACGGGGCGCCCUGGCUGCCGUAGCCGAGGUAGCUCAGGAGCGCUGCGCAAGGCUCGUCCCGUCCGACGCGCAUCGUUCGCUACUCAACACAGGCAGCUUCCCCGCACUGUGCCGCCGUGCCGAGCAGUGUGCCGAGGACUGGGCACAGCUGUGCGAACACCGUAGCCAAGGCAGCCUGGUGCUGGCACUGCGCACUCAGGCGGAUCGGUUCGUGAGCCGCUUCCAUGAGGAGCACAAAGCCAAGCUCAGCCUGCUGCUCGAUGGCGAGUUGUGGGCGCGCGUGGACGUGCCAGCCGAGCUGCAGAGCAUGGUGGACCAGUUCCUGGGCGUCCAGGGCCCACGCACGCAGGGGGGCAGUGCACCCCAGCUGAUGCUGGAUGAGCAGCGCUACAGCAUCGCUGGCAGCACGCUGCUCUUGCUUCGCAUGGUGCUCGAGUACUGCCAUUGCGCCCGGGACCUGCCCUGGGUUGGCCUGAGCCUGGCGGCCAAACUGCAGGAGUUGCUCCGGCUCUUCAACUCGCGCACCUCCCAGCUGGUGCUGGGGGCCGGGGCACUGCAGCGUGUCGGCCUCAAGACUAUCACGGCCAGCAUGCUGGCGCUGGCAGCCCGCUGCCUGCAGCUGCAUGUGGCGUUCCUGCCUCGUGUCAAGUCGCACUUCGAGCAGCACCUGGUGGCUCGCAAGGAUACAGCCAGGCACUUUGAUGCCAUUGCCAAGGAGUAUGCCGAACAUGUGACGGAGAUCUUCGCCAAGCUGGCCAGCAUUGUGAGCAAUGUGCUGGACGGGCAGCUUGCCGAGUGGGAGGUGAAGGCACCCGUGCCAUCACCAGCCUUCCGGGGUAUUGCCCGCCACCUGACCAAGUUCCACACUGCCGUGGCAGAGCUGCUGAGCCCAACAGACGUGGGUGCCCUCCUGGAAGCCGUGCACGCCACAUUCCGGUCCCUGCUUGCGCGCCACCUAGCACGUCUGUCCAUAAGUCGCGACGGAGGACCUCAGCACGGGCUGGUCACCCAGGAGCUGAUUUUCUACGCUGAGCACCUGCGCAGCCUGGGUUGUCCAGUGACAGACAGCAGCAGCCUGUGGCAGCAAGACGAGUUUAUUGAGGCAGCUGCUGGGCCAGGGGCUGUGUGAGCCAGUAGGCAAGCGCUGGCUGGAGCACACACACUGCCAGCAACAGAUAGAGGCCCCGGCGUGAGCCCUCGGACGAGCUACCAGACAGCAGGGAGAGCCGCAGGGUGCGCAGCUGCAAAAGGAGACCCCGGUCAGAACCACGCGCAACACUGGCGGGCAGGCCACUUACCAGGAAGAAGUCGAGCGUGAGGCAACCGUAGGCCAGCACGAGCAGGUAGCCUGGCUGGUAGAGCAGCAUACUCGCCAGCAGAGCCGCUAUCAUGCUGCACAGGGGGACAGCGUACCGUGGUAGAGAGCACUGCAGCCACACGGGCAGCCCAGCCCACCUUACCUGACGAACUUGUAGCUGCUGAACGCGACCAGGUCCAGGACGCGCAGGUUGGAGCGGAUGGAGAGGAUGUACGUGGCCAGCCAGAUAGCCAGAACCUCGAGGGUGAGCCACAUGAGCGCCGAGCUUGCCUGCAGGCCCAGCCGUUCGGGGGUGAACCUGCGCGUGAGCAGAGUUGGGGCACACCGCGCCCACACAGCAACGCGGCGAGCGCUCACUCAUUGCGCAGGCCCAGCAGGUAGCCCGAAAGCAGCACGUACGUCACCAGCGCCAUGCCUGCAUUAAAAAUCAUUUUUGUGACAUUGUG